AUGUAUAGGCCAUUUGGGAGACUUUGGUGGGAUGAGAUUGUGAAUACGAUUGUGACAAGAGCAGAGCCGCACAAUCAGUGCGUGCUCCAUCCGUUGCAAGAUCGUGUGUUGACUGUUCGUGAGAAUGCAAGAAUUCAAGGGUUUCCUGAUUUUUACAAGCUUUGUGGCAAAGUAAAGGAGAAAUACAUUCAGGUUGGAAAUGCAGUGGCAGUUCCAGUUGGGAUUGCGUUAGGUUAUGCUUAUGGAAUGGCGAGUCAAAGACGUACAGAUGAUAAGCCUGUGAUAAAGCUUCCCUUCAUGUAUCCUCAAUGUAUGAUGGACAUGGUAAUUCCUGAGGAGAUGGAGGAGCAAGAGAUGAUGGUAAAUGCUGAUGAGGAGCUAGAGAUGAUGCUAACUUGGGGAGGAGUCGAUCUCAUAAAUUUUUCUGAUGGGUUUCUUGGCCGUUACGCUGUAGCUCGUCUCGUUGCGAUGCACUAUCAAGCAAGGUUAGGAGUGAUGGCUGCUGGCUCUUAUGGUCUUCCACAAAUCAGAGACAGAGUGUUCCUUUGGGGUGCUUUGCCAACAGAGGAGAUUAAAGUUACACCUCAAGUUGGUGUUGAGUUAGAGAAGGCUCUUACUCUUGCAGAUGCAAUAAGUGAUCUCCCAUCAGUAACAAAUGAUGAGAAGAGCUACGAGUCAAGUCUUCAAACAGAGUUUCAGAAGUGCAUCAGUCUUACAAGAGCUGAAAAAGAUGGUGGAGAUUUCUCAAAGGCACUAGUGGUGUUUGAUCACCAGCCUUUGCAUCGGAGAGCUGAUGACUAUGAACGGAUUUGUCAGAUUCCAAAGAAGCAGGGUGCUAACUUCAGAGACUUGCCUGGUCUUAUCGUUGAUGAAAAGAGAAAGAGCGUAAGAUUUGACCCUUCCGUAGAGCGAGCAAGAGUGAAAUCUGGAAAGUUUCUGGUUCCUAAUUAUGCAGUGUCAUUCAAACGUGGAACCUCAAAGAAGUGA